GGUGUGGUUUAUACGAUAAUUUUGAUUCAUUACCAUUUUAUCACUGUUUUGAAUGUUUUAUUAUCAGAUUAAUCCAAAUUAUUUCCCGCUGCAAUUACAAGUUAAUUCUUACAAACAUUUUGAAAACAGUUUUUAGUCUGAAUUUGAGAUAAAUUUUUUUAUGUUAAUUAAUUUAAUGGUAGCUAAAAUUACCUUUUAAUACAAUAGUUCCAUUUUAACAUUUUACCAAAGUUGCAUCAAAAUUAAGAACGUUUAAGCUCGAACUUCUUAAUUUGUUAUUCAAAAUACUAGAAAUAAAAUUUUUACUGUUUUCUCUAUUUCGUUUAAUUUAAGAAAUGGCAUAUACUGAAAAACAUAAACAGUUUUUGCAAUACUUCAUGUUCAAUAGAAUGGUAUUAGAAGAAGACGUAAAGAAUAUAAAUGCAAAUUUAUUUCCUGGAAAACAAUUAGAUGAUACUGUCGAACUAAUCAAUACAAAAAUUUUACCACUUGAGUUUAAAAUAAGUAAAACUAUUUGUGAACAAAAUGGUAGUAUUAAUUAUACAUUUAUAGCAUUAUUUGUUGAUGAAUUUAACUGUAAAGUAGACCCUAUUAAAAAGUUAUUUGCUGAUAUUGUCAAUUUCAUCAUUUCAUCUGGAGGGUGUGCUCCAUAUAAUGAAAUGAUUGAAAAUUAUAAAAAUUUCAAUUCUUUUGACAAUUCCUUAGAUGUUUUAUUUGAAAAAAAAUAUUUAACAGCUGAUCCUGAAAAAAAUAUUUAUCUUACACCAUUAGCAAUUAGUGAAUUGGAAGGCUUUUUAGUUGAAAAAUAUAUCAGUAGAAGAUGUAUGGGCUGUAUGAGUAUUGUAGUUUAUGGAAUUCAAUGUAGUUCAUGUAAUGAUUUCAUACAUGGUCAUUGCUUGACAUCUUAUAGCUUAAGUGUUGGUAGUCAAAAGUGUCCAAAGUGUUAUCAUAAAAUAUCUGUCAGUUGGAUUCCUUUAAAUGUAGGACAAUCUUUAUGAAUAUUAAUGUUUGCCUUAAUACUGUUUGCAGACACUAUUUUACUGCUUAUAUCAGAUAUAUAUGAUUACUUAAAUUUUUUUUUUUUUAGAAAUGAAUGUUAAUUUUUUUUAAUAUUAUAAUUUUAUAUUGUGCAGUAUAAUAUAUCUAUAAUAUUGAAAUAAAAAAUAAAUUUUACUUUAAAAAAAUUAUUUUGUAAAUCAAUAUUUAUCUCAUGAAUAGAUAUCAAAUAAUGAUAUUGAUUAAAUUAUUAAGUGUUGAGUAAUGUUUAUCUUCUUUUCAAGUUAAUAAAUUUACUAAUGUUUGUAAAUCUUGCAGAAACAUGAAGCCAUUAGUUAAUUAAAGAUGUAGUAUAAUCGGUUUUGAUGGAUGAAGUUCAGGACCAAUUUUUGUCUAAUAACACUUUUUUGUAAGACUCAUUUAAGUUAUCAAUAGAAUUCUAUAGGUGAAGUAAAAAUCUAUAACUGCAAAUUUUUAAAAUUUUGUAUUACACAACUUAUUUUAUCUUAUUGAUACAAUGUGUCAAAGUUGGUUCUGAUGAAGCUAAUAUAAAUUUGAAAAUUUUCAUUGGUAAAAAAUGAGAAAGUUCAACAAUUGAUUUAUUUUUACUAUUAUAUAAAUUUUAUCUUCAAAGCUGAGAUGGUAAUAAUUUUACUAUGAUGUAUUUUUUUUUGUCUGUCGGCACUUUUUCUUAGCUCUCACUGAACCGAUUUUUUUAACAAUACGUCAUUUCAUUUUAUAUAAAAUUUUUGAAAACUUAUUACUUUUGCCUACAGGGACUGAUUUAAAAUAGCAAAAUUUUCACAAGUCAAUUUUUUCAACUUUUGAAAAUGUUUCGGAAAUACUGUGUUUUUUAACAUAUGUUAAAUUAAAGCUUAUGUUAUGUACUAUAAAUUAAAAAAAAUAUUGUUCCGACGAUAUAUUUACUACGUACAAAUGGCUGACAUAGCUAAAAACAGACUAUUUUUGUGUUAAAACUUCCGAUUUUAUAUUUUCAACUUUAAAUUGCUAUAACUUUUUGAAAAUUGAAUGGAUCAACACAAAUUUUUGUUGUUAAAUACUUUAUAUAUACCCCUUUUAUCCAACACAUUUUUUUUUUUUUUUAAUCAGACAAUUUCCCGUUAUACAGUGGGCAUUCAAAUCUUGAAACAUACAUAUAAAAAGUAGAAUUUUUGCAACUUAACUUUUGAAAAUGAUCAGGAAAUAUUGUGUCUUUUAAACAUAUGUUCAAUUAAUACUUAUGUUACGUACUAUAGAUAAAAAAAAUUGUACCGACGACCUAUCUUUCAUGUGCAAAUGACCGUCGAAAUUGAACAAAUUUAUUAAAUAUUUAAUAACUAAAUUUAAAUUUAUUAAAUAUUUAUUAAUAUAUUAUAUUUAUAUAUCAUAAAAAGUGUUCAGGAUAUAAAUAAGGAAAUAGGAAUUAAUUUUGCUUUUGGAAUAAUCCACCAAUUUUUUAAAAUCAAACUAUCAACAGAUUUGAAAUGAAGUGUUUCUUAUGAUAGUGAUUUUAAUCAUUGUCAGAUAUCAUCCAUACUUGUCCCACUAUGCCACGUUCAUAUUGUGCCAUGAUCCCACGGUGCUACCGUUUUUUUUAGUCAUUUUUUGAAUCAAUGUAAUAUUUAUUUUGGAGACUACAGAUUUAUUUGAAAAUUAAUAUUUAUUCAUAGAUACAGUAAACACACCUCUUAAAUCUGUAUUAAUAAUACAUAUAUUUUUUUAAAACUUCUUACGCAUUUAAAAUAAUUUUUCUUAAUUUUUGGUUAAAAUUCAAAUAAUAUAAACUCUCAAGUGCUUAAAUUAAGGAUUACUUAAAUAUUAAACAAAGAGGAAAUUCAAUUAUAGAUUUUGACACUCAUAAUUUUAAUAGAUGUACAUGUUUUCAGAAAAGUCACAUCAAAUUUAAGAAUAGGAAAAGUGAGUAAUCUAAUUACAAAAAGACAUAGAGUAACUUGGAUAAAAGUCCAUAUGGUAUAAAAAUAUAAUAUUAAAAUAAAUUAUUAAAUUUUAUAAUUAUGAAACAAUGGUUGAUGAAUAAUAAAUUUUACAUGUUUUUUGUUGUUUCAAAAUCAUCAAGCUAAAAUUGAAUAUUUUAUAGGUUUCAAACAUUUUUCUUACUUUUAUGAUUUUGUAUGUGCA